UAUGACAAAAGAUGGAUGUGGGGUGGGAGUAGGGGGGUCAACAGACACAUAAAGAAAUCUGAGAACGGUUCUCAUAUUCCAUCUAGCCACAAUAGAAGCCAAACAAAAUAAGCAAAGAAAGGAAAUCUGCUGCCACAGAGCUAACAUGACACUCGAUAUGUGUCCAUCACUCAGUCUGACUGAAUAAGAGGGCUUGUACUCUACCCCACCUGAACAACCGGGAUAUCAGUAACGUGACGCCUUACCUAUAUAUUGCUCUCCUGUCUAUGUGACGAGUGACAGAGGAUACGGGCUCCCGCUGAAUGCUGACAGCAACUGGUACAAUAUUAGUGCACCUGCUGGAAUAACCUAUAACAACAGGAACUAAGUUAGAUAAGUUUGAUAACUACAUAUCUGAUACAACGCGAAGAAGAGGACUUGCAGUUAGUCGAAAGGUGCGCAACACACAGCUUGGAUUUGAUUAAAACCGAUUUUUUCUGUUCAUUCCAGUUUCUGAGAGAAGAGGAUAGUUUGUGGAAGGUCAGAUACAGCAGCGUUAAGUAAACGUGAAGAUCUCGGCUCCAGGGUGCCAUUCUGGGGGUUUCAUUAAUAAGGCAAUUAUUCCCUGAUCCGUUUGAACUGUCGCACGCGUUGUAUCACGCCAGGAGAAGAUGCCGGUCCAGAUUCCGGACGAUUCCGAUUUCACCUCCUUCAAAGAACAGUGCGAAAAUCAGGAGGGAUGGACCUCCAGGUACAACAAGGGAGGAGUGACCGUGUGGUGCAGAGAGGAAGAGUGUAAGACCGUGCAGAAACUGAAGAUGAGGAUAGUUUGCAAGGACGUGACAGCUGAAACAUUGUACGAUGUCCUCCACGACUCGAGCUACCGUAAGAAGUGGGACACCAACAUGAUCGACACCUUCGAUAUCGGGAGGCUGACAGUGAAUGCAGAUGUGGGGUAUUACUCCUGGAGGUGCCCCAGCCCGCUGAAGAACAGAGACUUUGUCACCAUGCGGUCGUGGCUCCCUCUCGGAAAUGACUACAUGAUCAUCAACUACUCUGUCAAACACCCACAAUAUCCUCCAAAGAAAGACUAUGUGAGAGCUGUGUCUCUAUUGACUGGUUACCUCAUUCAGUCCAAUGGCGCAAACUGCUGUACACUUUACUACUUGACGCAGGUAGACCCCAAAGGUUCCUUACCAAAGUGGGUGGUCAAUAAGGUCUCUCAAUUUGUGGCUCCAAAGGCGAUGAAGAAGAUCUACAAGGCUUGCCAGAAGUACCCGGAGUGGAAGCGCAAGCACAACCCCAACCUGAAGCCGUGGAUGUACCCCGAGCAGAACACGCUACCCUGCAUCAGCGCGGCCGACCUGAGCGUGCAGAGGGCCGACUCGCUGGAGAACAUUGACGAGAGCGGGCUGAGCGAGGAGAAGACGCACAACAGCGACGACGACGAAACCUAAUCCUCCUCCCGGAAAAGCCCGGCCGCGGUUAAACGCAGCGGAGGGCGCAAACGCGAUUCACUGACUGGAUGUGUGUAUAUAUGUGUGUGUGUGCGUGUGUGUGUGUGUGUGUGUGUGUGCACGUGCAUAUGUUGUAUAGUGUGAUGCAAUACGGAUUUCCACUACAACCCUUGACCUUCAUGGCACUGUUUCAUUAUUAUUUUAAUUGUGCAUUUUUUGCACAACGCUUGUCAAUGGUUGGGUUUCCAGAGGGAGUUUUGAAAUGACUUCAGCAAUUCGUGGCAGAGACAAAAAUCAGUGUUUGUCUGUUUCAGCAUCUGUAGACAGAAGCAAGAUUUUGGUAACAUGGGACACCUAAACAAAUGUAAACAAACAACAUUUUUAGGUUGAUCCAAAAACCUCCUUUGGAAGCUCUGCUAAUAUGAGUAUUAAUUUUCACAGAAAAUUCUGCUGUAAGUCUGCAUUGUGUUCCUUCCAAACAGCUGAGACCAUGCGAGCAUGUGAAGAUUCAGUCAGCUAGAACUGAGGCUUUCAUCACUUAGAUGAUGAUAUUUAAUGCUCUCUUGCCAUGUUAUUUCUGCCUCUCUUCUUUUCUUGGUUAAUUUCAUAUUGCUUGUGCGUUGUUUCCAACACAGCCUCCCAGGCAAUAACUCAACAUGUGAUAAUGUUUGCUAACAAUGUGGCAGCUACUGGAAAAUGGGAUCUAUGGGUUUGAUUGGAAAUAACUUAUCAUAAAUAAGCAAAACACAAAUGUGUUGAUGUGCAGGUGCCUGGAGGAUUCAAAGG